GGAGCGCCGCAGAGCCGCGCCGGUCACAUCGCGUCCGGGCGGCCCGGCCUGCGUCCGCCCCGGUCACCUGUCACCCUCCUGCGAGGCCGGACCCGCAGGUUCCCUGUGAGCCACCCCGCCGGUGCAUCACAGCCUCCAGGAACCCUCCGCCCGCCCGCCCCGGACUCCAGCAGCGGGGCCCCCGAUGGCAGUGGACACCUCCCACUGAAGCCUGCCAAGCUGGACUCCACAGCUCCGCACGACGACACUUCGGCCAGCUCCGUGCCCGCUUCGGAGGCGUGUGACCAUGCAGUCCUAGCCUGCAGCCCGGGCAUCCCUGAGGAACUCUACGUGAGCGAGGCUGUGGAAGAUGCGGCCGGCUGCAGAGGGUACCGGGAUGCCUGCACCAUCACUGACGUGUGCAACAGCACCGACCUUCCCGAAGUGGAGAUCAUCAGCCUGCUGGAGGAGCAGCUGCCUCAUUACAAGCUGAGAGCCGAUACCAUCUACGGUUACGACCACGAUGACUGGCUCCACACGCCCCUCGUCUCCCCAGACGCCAACCUCGACCUCACCUCCGAGCAGAUCGACGAAACCCUGAAGUACUUCCUUCUCUGUGCAGAGAGAGUUGGCCAGAUGACUAAGACAUACAAUGACAUAGAUGCUGUCACUCGGCUUCUUGAGGAGAAAGAGAGGGACCUGGAGCUGGCUGCGCGCAUUGGCCAGUCGCUGCUAAAGAAGAACAAGACCCUCAGCGAGCGGAACGAGCUGCUGGAGGAGCAAGUGGAACACAUCCGGGAGGAGGUCUCCCAGCUCCGCCAUGAGCUGUCCAUGAAGGACGAGCUGCUGCAGUUCUACACCAGCGCGGCGGAGGAGAGCGAGCCCGAGUCUGUCUGCUCCACCCCGCUAAAGAGGAACGAGUCGUCCUCCUCAGUGCAGAAUUACUUCCACCUGGAUUCUCUUCAGAAGAAGCUGAAGGACCUCGAGGAGGAGAAUGUGGUCCUGAGGUCCGAGGCCUGCCAGCUGAAGACUGAGACCAUCACCUAUGAGGAAAAGGAGCAGCAGCUGGUCAACGACUGCGUCAAGGAGCUCAGGGACGCCAAUGUGCAGAUCGCUGGCAUCUCGGAGGAGUUGGCCAGGAAGACGGAGGAUGCUGCCCGCCAGCAGGAGGAGAUCACGCACCUGCUCUCGCAGAUCGUGGACUUGCAGAAGAAAGCGAAAGCUUGUACGGUGGAAAACGAGGAGCUCGUGCAGCACCUGGGGGCGGCCAAGGACGCCCAGCGGCAGCUCACGGCCGAGCUGCGCGAGCUGGAGGACAAAUACGCGGAGUGCAUGGAGAUGCUGCACGAGGCCCAGGAGGAGCUGAAGAACCUUCGGAACAGGACCGCGCCCAGCACCACGGCCCGGCGCUACCACUCGCUGGGCCUCUUCCCCAUGGACUCCCUGGCGGCAGAGAUCGAGGGGACUAUGCGCAAGGAGCUGCAGCUGGAAGAGCCCGAUUCUCCAGACAUUGCGCACCAGAAGCGCGUCUUCGAGACUGUGAGGAACAUCAACCAGGUGGUCAAGCAGAGGUCGCUGACCCCCUCCCCCAUGAACAUCCCCGGCUCCAACCAGUCCUCGGCCGUGAACUCCCUGCUGUCCAGCUGCGUCAGCACCCCCCGGUCCAGCUUCUACGGCAGCGAUGUGGGCAACAUUGUCCUGGACAACAAGACCAGCAGCAUCAUCCUGGAGACGGAGGCAGCCGACCUGGGGCCCAGUGAGCACACUAAGAAGCCAGGCACACCUGGCACUCCGGGCACCCACGACCUGGAGACGGCGCUGAGGCGGCUGUCCCUGCGCCGUGAGAACUACCUGUCGGAGCGGAGGUUCUUCGAGGAAGAGCAGGAGAGGAAGCUGCGGGAGCUGGCAGAGAAGGGCGAGCUGCACAGCGGCUCCCUCACGCCCACCGAGAGCAUCCUGUCGCUGGGCACCCACUCGCGCCUGUCAGAGCUCACCGGCUUCUCGGGCAUGUCCUUCAGCAGCCGCUCCUACCUGCCGGAGAAGCUGCAGAUCGUGAAGCCGCUGGAAGGUUCUGCCACGCUCCACCACUGGCAGCAGCUGGCCCAGCCUCACCUGGGGGGCAUUCUAGACCCCCGGCCUGGCGUGGUCACCAAAGGCUUCCGGACACUGGACGUUGACCUGGACGAAGUGUACUGCCUUAACGACUUUGAGGAAGACGACACAGGUGACCACAUUCUCCUCCCGGGCCUAGAUACCUCCACGCCAGUGCAGCACCCAGAGACCUCAGGUGAGAGGUCCCGGGCACGCGUGACUGUCCCAGGCAGCAGGAGCUCCCCCGAGGAGAUGCAGGAGCCGCCCGAGGCCGCGGAGGAGGAGGAGGGGUCUGCAAACCACCCCGGGAAGUGCAUGUCCCAGACCAAUUCCACCUUCACCUUCACCACCUGCCGCAUUCUGCACCCCUCCGACGAGCUCACUCGGGUCACACCAAGCCUUAAUGCAGCCCCGACACCUGCUUGCGGCAGUGCCGGCCACCUGAAGUCCACACCGGCGGCCACGCCGUGCACCCCACGGAGGCUGAGUCUGGCCGAGUCCUUCACCAACGCCCGUGACUCCACGACUACCAUGAGCACGUCACUGGGGCUGGUGUGGCUGCUGAAGGAGCGCGGCAUCUCAGCCGCCGUGUAUGACCCGCGGAGCUGGGACCGUGCCGCACGGGGCUCCCUGCUGCCCGCCUACGCCCCCCGCAUGGCCGUGAUCCCCUGCACACCCCCCAACUCGCCCAUGCGGACGCCCGCCGGCUCCCCACCUGCCUUCGAGUUCAAGGGCACCAGCCCGCCCUACGACACCUUCCUGGCGUCCAAGCCGGCCAGCUGCAUCCUGCGGGAGGUCCGGGAGAAGAAGGGCGUGCGCAGCAGCGAGAGCCAGACCGACGUGUCGGUCGGCAGCCUCAACCUCGUUGCCAAGGUGCGGCGCUUCGGGGUGGCCCGGGCGGUGAGCACAGGGCGGGCCCGUGGCCCCGCCAUGACCGUGACGGAGGGCCGGGGACCUGUGCUCUGCGUGCCGCCCGGGGCUCCCGGGGGCCUGCCGCUGGGCUGCCCGGCCACCGCCGUCGCCAGCACCGUGGGCGGGCUGCAGCUUCCGGGUGGCAUCCGUAGGAACCGAAGCUUCCCCACCAUGGUGGGCUCCAGCAUGCAGAUGAAGGCACCCGCGGUGCUCACCUCGGGCAUCCUGAUGGGUGCUAAGCUCCCCGAACAAACCAGCCUGCGGUGAGGGCAGGUGGUGCUGCCUGCUGCGCUGUCCCUUCCUGUGCCCGGGCCCGGCCCGGCGGGGUGGAGUGGCGCUGGUGAGGUGGCACGCAGCAUGCGCAGGCCUGGUGGUGCCCUGCCGUCCUGCAGUCCCACGGGGAGUCACCUGUGCUCACCAGACUGCGGGUCCUUCCUUCUUUCCUUUGAGAAGCACUGAAACUCCCGAGCGUGUUCUUAUCCUAUGGAUAAGAAACCAGUGAAUUCCGUGUCCUCUGCUUGUGUCAAACCACGAGCUGUCACAUGGCCCAGGGUCCCCGACACCCUAUCCACCCGAAGGAGCUCAGGAGACCCCGGCCUUGCCCAGCCCUGAUGUAGCUUUUGGUGACCGAUCGGGUGGCUCAGCACUGGGACCCUGCUCUGCCUCGAGGAAGGUCGCGCCCCUCUGUGGGGGCUUUUCUUUCCACGCCCCGAACUUGAAGUCCGCCUGUGCUCCGUGAGCGUACGUCCCUUCCCGCGGCCCAGACUGCAGCCCUCUGUUCCAUGGGACGCAUUUUCUUUCCGUCCUCCUUUCCGGAAGUAAUGGUACCAGCAGUUCGGUCUGGUUCUGGGAUGCCUGGCCCGGGAGUCACUAGUGAGAGUGGGUCCCCCCAGGCCAGCCUUGCAGCAGGGUCAUGGAGACCCGACCCGGCCGGCAGUGCUAGCAGCAGGAUGGAGUGGAAGGGCUGGGAAGCUUAUCGGAGACUUGUGAGCAGGGGGAAGCGGGGAAGAACCUCACCGAGCAGCGCUGUGGGCCGGGGCUCUGCGCCCGCUGCCGUGGCAGCCACUCCAGGCUCACAUGUUUCACCCUCUUGUUCCCGGAGGGGCUGCUCUCCCCAGCCUCGGUCCCCGCUGCUUCCUGUCCCGGGAAGAGGGCCGCAACCACCAGGGGCCCGGUCCUAGGCUGUUGCCAGUGAGUCGUGGGCUUUUAGGUAUCCCUCGUGUCCCCUCCUUCCGGCCCAGCCUGCCUGUCCGUCCCGUCCCGCGGGUUAUUUUUUUAUUCCCGCCGAGGACUGCGCCGCAGGUCACCCUGGUUGGGGAGGUGCCAGAAGGGUGGCAGUGGGCGUCCGUGCCCUCCCCCAGCAGCGCCGUGUCCUUCCGCUGCGUGCGGGCCCGCAUCACAGAGGGCACCCGAGAGCUCACCCGCCGAGGCCCCGCCCGAGAUUUCAGGCUGAUUCUGCGGCAGAGAGCGGGCCGGGGCGCAUGGCGCACUCGCCCGCCCGCAUAGUGUGCACCCGCUGCAAGUAGCUUCUCGCUCCGGAUCUGAGUGUAUUUGCAGCCGAAGGUAGAGUAACAGGAACACGAAGACACGGCCUGACUGGACCACUGUGCAUCAGAGAGGAGCUGCCCGUGGUCACCAGAAAUACCACUGUGAGACCGGACCACAGAGGUUUCAGUAUUUAGUAAAUAACGAUCAACAUUGUGCAGCCACUACCGAAAGUGUGUUGAAAUGCAUCAAAAAGCAACAAUAAAAUUUUAUUCACUAAUGAAUAUCAAUAAAAUAAGUUCAAGUGAUGGGAACCACCCUGUUA